CUGCUUCUGCUGGACUUCUCUCUACUUUCUCUUUUCUUCUACUCUCUGCAGUUUUUGCUGCCUCCAUCGCCGUUGUUUUCCUCCUCGGAUAUUUUUCUCAUAAACCCAUUCAUGGACUCCCCUCCUCCUUCUAUUCCCCUUCUCAACCACAAUUCCAGAUACCAACAGUUGAGUUGCUCUCUCAUACGCGUCCUGCACCAGAUCAAUCCAGGGCUGUGCUUUCUUCUGAAUUCCCAUCCAAAUUCAAGCCAGCUGUCACCAGGAGAGCGGAGAACAAAUUGGAACAAGGAUUAGCUAGAGCAAGAGCAGCAAUUCUGGAUGCAGCUUCUGCCACAAACCCAUCAAUAAUCAUCAAGAAUAAUAACAUUCUUUCCCCAGCAAUCUAUUGGAACCCCAGUGCAUUUUAUCAGAGUUACAAGGAAAUGGAGAGAAGAUUCAAGGUGUAUGUAUAUCAAGAAGGGGAGCUACCAAUAGUGCAUGACGGACCUUGCAAAGACAUAUAUAGUAGUGAAGGAAGAUUCAUACAUGAGAUGGAGCAUGGAAACAAUAGGUUUAAGACAAGCAAUGCACAAGCAGCUCAUGUAUACUUCAUGCCAUUUAGCGUUACAUGGAUGGUCAAGUACCUUUACAAGCCUAAUACGUAUAAUGUCACCCCACUCAAAGCAUUUGUGUCUGACUAUGUGAAACUCAUCUCCACAAAACACCCCUUCUGGAAUAGAACUCAAGGAGCUGAUCAUUUUAUGCUUUCUUGCCAUGACUGGGGGCCUAAGGCCUCACAAGGAAAUGGAUUACUCUAUAACACAUCAAUACGUGUCUUGUGCAAUGCAAAUUCCUCUGAAGGAUUUGAUCCAACAAAAGACGUGAGCCUGCCUGAAAUCCAUCUUUAUGGUGGCAUCGUAAAUCCAAAGCUGAUUUCUCCUCCGCCGUCCAAUAUUUCCAGGCCCGACCUUGCAUUCUUUGCUGGUGGCAUUCAUGGCCCCAUAAGGCCAAUUCUCCUCAAACAUUGGAGGGGUAAAGACACUGAUCUCCAUGUUUACGAAUACCUACCUAAAGAUCAAGAUUAUUAUGAUUCCAUGUUACGUUCCAAGUUUUGCUUAUGCCCUAGUGGAUAUGAAGUGGCUAGCCCCAGAAUUGUUGAGGCCAUUUAUGCUGAAUGCAUCCCUGUGAUAUUAUCUGAUCAUUACGUCCUGCCAUUUAGUGAUGUUUUAAGGUGGGAGGCAUUCUCAAUACAGGUUGAUAUUUCUGAAAUCCCUCGAUUGAAAGAGAUAUUGGUGGCAGUAUCAGAAGAUGAGUAUCUGAGGCUGAAGGAGGGCUUGAGAGCUGUAAGGAGACAUUUCCUUCUGAACCAACCAGUUAAGAGAUUUGAUAUGUUUCAUAUGAUCUUGCACUCUGUAUGGCUUAGACGAUUAAAUCUAAGGGUUGGAUAAGUACUGGAAAAUAAACUUAUGAAAGGGGCAAAAAGUUUUAUGAGCUCCAUUGAUAUAACUGUAUGUAUAUACCGUCAUGUAAUUUUUGUACUGCCCUUUAUCCAAAGUUUAACAAGAAAUUAAGUUUUAUAAAUCACCCAGCUUUUCCCUGCAGUGAUGAUUUUGCUUGGCUCCAAAACAUA